AAAGAGUUGAUCUAAGAUUUAUUUACUGAGGAUGAAAUGGUUUCUGUAGGUUUGAGAACCGCAUUUAAUGAACAUUUAUUUGAAAAACCAGAACAAGAUGCAAACACAGCUUUAACAGAGCUAGACAAAGGUAGUUUACAUGUUUUAAACGGCUAGCUGACUAUUUCCAUGGGUUACGCUCUGUGAGGCCAUUAUUUGUUUCCCUAGACUUUUUGAGAAGUACCCAUUCCCGAUUCUGAUAAAUUCUGCAUUACUAAAGCUGGAAGAGGUCUUCAGGUCAAGAACAAAUUUACCAAGACUGUGUUCUCAUAGUCUGCCAGCAAAGUGAAAAGCAUCUAGACAAGAUCCUCAAUGUGGAUGAAUUUGUAAAAAGAAUAUUCCCAGUUAUUUAUUCCAAUGAUCUAAUUGCAAGAUCUCUGGACUCUGGCACUGAGAACUUCGGGAAGUAUGGCAAUUAUCAUUUCUGAUCGGAAAUCAUUGCAUUACAGCAUUCGCGACAGUUUGGACAACACACAAUACUCCCCUGUCGAGUUAGAGGCAGCCAUCUACGCGGCAUCCAAGUUUGCCGCACAGUCUCGAACCUUUUCCGUCAACAUGUGCAGCAAAAUUGUCGAGAUGAUUCAGGGACUGGUCACACCUGUAAAUAUCAAGCUCAAGCUCAUCCCCAUCUUGUAGUACAUGCACCAUGUUGCUCACUUGGCCGCCAUGGUUCGAAGUUUGUGCACACAGCUCUUGCCCAGCUACCCUGCCCAAUAUUUCGUCUGUGUGACACUAUACACACUGACGCUGCUGGCUAGUGAAACUCUGGUCAAAAUCCCUUAGCAGCUACUCCUGCUUCUAGAAUAUUUGUGCGAUUCCAGGACUGUCCAGGCUCAAGUUUUGUCUGACUUAAAAUUUUGGUUGUUAAAGGCGCUCAUCCUCCAUCAUUGGCCUACUGCUAGAUCAACCUCACCCCGAAUUGCAGAGAAGAACGCUGGACUUUCUAGUAACCCGCUAGCCAUGGCUGUUUUAUCCUGCCAAUUGUUUUAUUAUCCUCAAAGCUGAUACAAAGUUGCUCUUGAUGGGGAAUCAGUGUUGCUACAGUUGCGACCGGUCUGUUGCAGCGAAAGCAGUUCAGCUACUUGUCCAACUAUAGCAGUUAUAUCUAGCAAACAAGAUUCUUGGUCGUCUUCAGUGCCCGAUUUAAGCCAAGACGCUGCCCUAGCUGUCGAAUCGCUCAUAUUGGGCCUCUGCUUGGCGGGAAAGACCGAAGAGAGGGAACUCAAGAUUGCGUUGACAUCAGCCGUCCAGCUGAGUCGUGUCGCCGGACCAGAAAUCAGGGACACCAUCAUUGAUUGCCUCACUCGCCUUUUGCUUCAAUCUUCCGGUUCCACGUUAGUCCUGCUGUGCCAGGCCCUGGCUGCCAUCGGAGACACCCAACCGUCCGUCAUUGUACCAGCAUUGGUUGACAUCAUGUCAAUGCUCAAGAAACUCACCGUUCAAAGCGAUCAAGAGUUGUUGGCAAUUCCUUUGUUGUGCGUUCUCAUGUUCCAGACGCACGCCUCUCAUUGUUGGUCUCAACAGGCCAGCGAAGUGGUCCACGAAGUCAUCUUUAGGGUCAACUUGUGGGUGGCUUUCCGAAUCGCCCGCUCUGCCACAAGAUACGGUCACCAUUCCAUUGCCCACAAUAUACUGGAUCCCUUGCUGGGUCACAUUUUGACAAAGCAUCUCUACUUUUGGAUUCAAGGAUUGCGCGAUUUCACCCUGGCCGAAUCUCACCUGAGUUGCGGCACUGGAUCCGAUGCUGUAGCCGUUUCUCUCAUAGAAAGAUUAGUGUUGGCCUCGAAGCUUUAUCUGCAAGGAUUGUCUUCACUGAAGGCAGCCACCAGCCCCGUUCUUCAGUUUCAAGCCGAAUUCGGCCGAUUGCGAGUCGAAUUCCUGUCGGCGUGCUCUCAACUUGUCCAGGCUUGUCGAACGCUUCAGACAGCCCCGCCGUCGGCCAUCGCUCACGCCGUAGUGGCUGCCACCCGAGAGAGACGAACUGCAGCGCUGCGGUCGAAUUACUCACCAGCUGAGGAAGUCGGUGUUGGUGCUCCGGCAGGUGGCCGAAGUCUGUCCAAGCUGGGACAGAGCGCCUUCGACGCCGACCAGGAGAGCCUCACGAAUUUGCAGCUAUAAAAACAGACGGCCUUGAUCAUGACCCAGACGGUCGAGUCCACCUACCUCCGGGCGUCUCAGCAAGGCGUUAUGACUGUCGAAGACGAUUUGCCCAUGAUCAACAAGACGGUGCAAGAAGAUCACGUCGCUGUGCGGAGUAUGGCCACUCGAUGCGCUGAAGCUGUCCAUCUCGUAAGACGUUUCCGCGAUGGCAACCCUGAUUUGAAACUUAUUAAUCACUUGAACGUUGGAUGCAUCUUGGAUUGCUUGAAGUUACUCAUAGAAACACCUCUUUGCUUUCCGAGGUUCAUGCUCCAGACUCUGCAGACCACUUCCAUCAAGUUGGCGGUGAGCCCUCAGCCGAGAGUAGCCGGAGAGGCGAUAACGACAACCAUUGGCUCGCAGUUGGCCGUUAAAGUGGAAGGUAUUGUCCAGGUUACUUCCAGCCCGCGAUAUUUUGGACGGAGAGUACGUCCGAGUCGUUCAAGUGACAAUACAAUAGAAUCCUACUACCCGACAGUCGGAUCGGAUGACAAGGUAUAGAACCGGUUGCCACUCGCGCCAACGGGAGAAAAAUAAAAAUAACGAAACAACGCAACAAAAACAACAACCCGCCAGGUGGCAGUUAUCGGUCCGUGACCGAGCCCGAGUGAAAUUUCUUUUCGGCGUGCACACAUAGUAGAAACGGAACGAAAGAAAUGGAAAAAGCCAAAUAAUAGAAAAGGGAAUCAAAUAAAACAAGAUUAGGCGAUUGAGCCAGCGAGGAGGAGAGAGAGAGAGAAAUGUUACUCGCUGGCCGAGUUCAUCGAGGAGUACGGCAUUGUCAACGGCAUUUAUCGAUUGUCGGGUCACCUCCAACAUCCAAAAGCUCAGGUGAAUUGCCGUCAAUUGCCUUUUCUUUCUGUUUUAACUUCCGGCUCCGUUUCGUUUUAACUAGCCUACCCCGCAAUUUACCCAUAUAGCGAGGAGGAGCGCCUCCAGAUGGAUUGUGUUUGCGGAGAGAUUGGGCAGGGAGGGAAAUCUCGACGGUGAAGAAUGGUAAACAUGUCCGAUAAGAAAGAAACCUGUUUCUCGACAUGCUGAUGACCUGAUAGCGUGUGACGCAAGUUCCUUUUUUGUUUGUCCCGCGAAAAAUAUUUCUCCAUUUUGAUUCCCCCCUUCCAAUUGGUGUGACGUGUCAGCUCCCGUUUUGCACUCUCGACUGGCUGGAAAACUUUCUAAAUUAUUUUCCGUCCGUCAUUCUGAUUUGAUUUUUCUUUUUUGGUUAUCCACUUAGAAAUGCUUUUGACGAGGACAGGGUGGGUGCCGGCUCUGGUGGAGGACGAGGCCAUCCGACAGGAUAUGCAAGUCGUUUCCUCGCUGCUCAAAAUGUAUUUCCGCGAGCUGCCCAACCCGCUGUGCACCAUCCAGCUCUACGACCAGUUCGUCAACGCCGUCCAGGGACCUGAUCAUCUCAGAGUGGUUUGAAUGUUCGAGGUGGUCCAGCAACUGCCGCCGCCUCAUUUUCGCACGCUCGAGUACUUGACUCGACAUGUGGCGCGGGUGGCAGAAAAUAAUGCCUCGACGGGCAUGACGGCCAAGAAUGUGGCCAUUGUAUGGGCGCCGAAUUUGCUGCGUUGCAAAGAACUGGAAUUUGGUGGCUUCCAACCGCAACUCGUCGGCCGGCGAGUGCAGCCAACUGACGAGUCCAGCCGAAGCAGCGGCCCGUCACCGCUGAGGGAUGGCGAAGAUUUUGCUGUGCGAUUUGCCGGCGACGGCGGUGACGAGUCGAUUCAAGACGGGUCGCUGUCCCGCUGUCACAACCGCUCCGUAUCUCACGACUCGUACUUCCGCCUGCUCAUGACCAGCCAGACGGGCAGCAUACAAGUCGAUCCGCUGGACGAGGAGGGCGACGGUCCAGAAGCCAGCGCACGUCAGCCAGGACAGACAAAAGACGCCAUUUACGCUGAGAUCUCAAAAUCCGGAACCAAAAAUUCGAAAGAGGAGACCACACGAACGCGGGGCUCGCCGUCCGCCGAGUCGCCAGGUCUCGAAUUCCGUUACAACAUGAACCUGACGGCGGUGGAAGACCCCCAUUCCGGCAGCUCCAAGAUGUCAUUGAUCUAUCUGAGCCAUCUGGACGACAGUGAAUUGAAUAUUAUGAACAGCCGGGAAAUGCUGGCCGUAUCCAAGAAGCUGUCUGACGAUUCCAGCCGUCCGAUUAGCGGCGUUGGCAGUGGGAGCAGCAGCAGCAACAACCACAGCGAGGACGGUAGCUGUGUGAGGAGGGCGCGGCCGGCCAGUGUGGAUGAUAGCGUCAUUGACGACUCGGCCAGGGGAAUGCCCAUGAACGCGGAGCAGAUUGACGGAAAAGGAAAUUGGGCGGCCAGCAAUCCUGCCUACGAGCUCUUUUACGUUCAGGCCGAAGUGGACCAUCACCGCCACCACAGGAUGGAUGCUGCUGCCGGCGGCGGACGCUCACCUUCGCCCGACAACACCGACGCCCAGAUGCCGGACAUGCCCCGCGAAGUGGCCAUUGACGGAGACAAUGAUUCUCUCGUCAAUGCCACCACGGAAGAUUACAGCUCGACGGAAGUGCCCGUGGGCUCGGAUGAUCGCGAGAGCUUCACUUUGCACGGCCUCAAUGACGUUUACGAGAACGUCAACGUGGCUGACAAAAGGACGGCCGUCGUCGAAAGCCUUCGACGGACGACUAGUUCACCGGCGGCGGCGGUAGCGUCGGCUGGGGCUGCCUUCGAGAAUUUCGCCGAUAAUCACGCCUUCGCCAUGGUGAGAGUCUCUUCGAGGCAAGACGCCACAUGCGAAAACGUCAUCGAUCCAGCCAUCGUUGACGAAGAAGAAUAG